AUGUUGUCUGCAUAUUUGGUAGGAGCUUAUGUUUUUAUUUGCGUAUUCUUUGUUGCCGAAUCCAUUAGAGGGCCACGAGGACCGCCUGGCCCUCCAGGUCCCCCUGGGCUCCCAGCAGCUUGCCCAAGUCCAUGCAACAACAAAAAGUGCGAGCCAGCCUGCAUGAUGGGAUGCUGCUUCCCUGAAGACUAUCCAGAGUUUAAUAAAAAGAAAUCAAAGAUAACUACAGCAAAGAAAGAAAAAGUAAGUAAAGGAGAAAAAAAAGCAGCAACAAAUAAGGAAAAAAAGCAAAAAGAUUCAAAAGAGGAAAAGAAGGUAAAAGAAAAUUCAUCAAAAGAAAAGAAAGAAGAAAAGAAGACAGGAACGAAAAUGGAGAAGCAACAGAAGAAGUCAAAGCUGAACCUGGAGAAAGAAGAAAAUACAGACAAAGAACAAAAGUCUGAGAAGAAAGAAGCAAACAAAGAGACCCACGAGACAAAGAAAACAAAGAAGAAUGAGGGAAGGUCAAAGAAGAACAAGGCUGAAAAGAGUUCAGGAAAGAAGGAAAAGCACCAUAAAUCAUAG